AUGGAGCUGCCUCCACUCUCCCUGGAGCAGCUGUCGAAGCUGGCUGCGUCCAAUACUCCCUCGUCACAGCUCUUUGAGAUCUUGUCGCAAUACGAAACGGAUGCAUCUAUCAUGUCUGCUGGUUCAGGGAGUGCAGAAACUGGAGCCGGCGAUCCUCAGUUACUGAGCUUAUUCUACUCGAGCUUCUUCUUCGCCCAUCUUCUCACCAAGCAACUACCGGAAGCUCGAGCUCUGACAAAACGAAUGCCCGAAGCCCUGCGACACCAAGAUCCAUCUUUACAGAACUGCCUGACUUUGCUUCAAGCACUUUGGCAGACCCAGCAUGCCCAGGUUUACCAGAUUCUCCGAGGGCUGCCAUGGCCAGAAAGCCUGCAACCACUAGUUCGAAGAUAUGAGAACUUCUUCCAAGACGAUACACUGAUCGCGAUCAGCACAACCUACGAAGCGAUAAGGCCUGAAACCGCUGCAAACUACCUUGGCCUUGACCCGCAAGCCGCAGAACAAGGAGACUCGGCUAUCAUCGAAAAGUUCACAAGUUGCGGAUGGACCUGGGACCCGGCGGCUCGGCUACUGCGCCCCUCUCCGAUUGUCGUGCAGCCCACCGACCAGACCUCCUCGAACGGGAUUCGGGAGACAAUGGCAAUGCUGGGUAAUCGCGGAAGGUGA